GAGUCAUGCCUACCACUACCAGCAAGAACACUAAUGGUUUCAUUUCUCAUCAUACCAUCAAUUGUCCUUCUCUUCUUACUCUUCAUCAUUCCCAUUAGAAGGUUUCUGUCAAAAACCCGCCCUCUUCCGCCCGGACCACCCGGAUUACCCAUAAUCGGAAACCUGCACCAGCUCGACACAUCCGACCUCUCAGACUACCUAUGGCGUCUUUCAAAACGUUAUGGCCCGCUAAUGUCCCUUCGCCUUGGUCAUGUCCAAACUCUCGUUGUUUCUUCGGCAGAAAUGGCAAAAGAGAUCAUGAAAACAAAUGAUUUGGUCUUCUGCACAAGGCCGGCUUUAACUGGCCAGAAGAAAUUAUCAUACGAUAACAAAGACAUCGCUUUGUCACCGUACAAUGAGUAUUGGAGACAGAUGAGAAAGAUCUGCACCCUUCAUCUCUUUUCCAUGAAACAAGUGAACUCAUUUCGUUCAGUUCGCGAAGAAGAGGUGUUUGACAUGAUAGACAGGAUAAAGACUCAAAGUUCUAUGAAACAAGUAGUGAAUUUGAGUGAUGAUGCUAUGGUUCUCACUAGUAAUAUUAUUUGCAGGGUGGGUUUUGGGAAGAGACCAUCUGCAUACAAUAAUAGAAAAGAUGGGACACGAAUGUUUGAACUUAUGUCUGAGUUUCAAGAGGUACUUACUAACUUCUAUUAUAGGGAUCAUUUUCCUUUAAUGGGAUGGCUUGAUGAACUCAAUGGAAGCAUUGCUAGACUCGAGAAGCUCUUUAAAGACUUGGAUGAGUUCUAUCAAGAAGUGAUUGAUGAGCAUUUAAAUCAAAACCAACAAAACAAAAUACAAGAUGAUAUGGUUGAUAUCUUGCUCAAACUCAAGCAAGAUUAUGCAAAUGAUCUCACCUUUGAUCAUGUAAAAGGCAUACUAAUGGAUAUCUUGUCAGGGGGGACAGAAACAAGUGCUUCAACAGUUGUCUGGGCGAUGACUUUGCUCAUCAAAAACCCUGAUUCUUUGAACAAAGCCCAACAAGAAGUGAGGAAUGCAGUCGGAAAGAAAGGGAAAGUAGAUGAAGAAGAUCUUGAUAAGCUUGAGUAUCUAAAAGCAGUAAUCAAAGAGGCACUUAGACUAUACCCAGUCUUGCCACUUUUAAUCCCUCGUGAAUCUAGAGAGCGAUGUGUUUUAGAGGGAUACGAGAUACCCAAGAAGACGCUGGUGUAUGUGAACGUAUGGGCAGUAGGGCGAGACCCUAAAUGCUGGGAACGACCUGAAGAAUUCGAGCCAGAGAGGUUCAUGGGUAGUAGUGUUGAGUAUAAAGGAGCAGAUUUCGAGUGGAUCCCAUUUGGGUCUGGUCGGAGAGGCUGUCCAGGGUUGUUGUUAGGAGCUACAACAGUGGAGUUGGCUCUUUCAAAUCUUCUAUAUUCGUUUGAUUGGGGAUUGCCUGAAGGGACUAAAGACAUUGACACAUUGAAAUCUGAGGGGACUGUAGCGCAUAAGAAGAUUGCGCUUCAACUAGUGGCUAAGGUUCCCGAUAUUAUUGACUACAAGAGUUCACGACACCUCAAUGAGGCCAUGUGAAAAUUUAAAGUUAUUAGUCGUUCGAAGAGUCUACGUCGGGUCAUGAAUGGUGUCUGGAUCUUGAGUUUGUUUUGAGUUUGUUUCCUGUUUCUAUGUGAAGUUUGGUAUUUACUAUUUCUCGUGUAAACUAUUAUAUUCACAAAGUAAUAAAUAGCAACCAUAGUGCACCUGCGGAACUUGGCUUCAA